AUGUCGACGCGCGGACGAUCGCGAGCUCGAGGCCGACCGCCGAAGUCCCAAUCUGGCGGUCGCGGCUCCACGAAGAAGCCGCGGUACCUUUAUGCUGGCGGUCACGCAAGCACUGUCCAAUACAGACAAAGGCUGCGGGAGGGCCUGCGUCAAGAUGCUUACGCCGACACAGAGACUGAUUCUGAGCCCUCGGAGAGUGACCUGGUCGACUUCGAUAUGAAGUACGAAGAUGCCGAUCUCACCGAUAACAUCAAGAUGGAGAUGGACUCUUGGAAAGCAUCGUCUGACGAGGAUCGCGACGAUGACGAGGAUUAUACAGAGGGUACAGAACGAGCGCUGGAGAAGAGUUUACCUGAGGAGCGUCGGAGAACUCACCGAAGACCCGUCACUCCGGUGUUCCUGCAGGAUCGCGAGAAGCCCGCCUUGAUCCUGCCCCCAUCCUCCGAGGAUCUCUUGCUCCCACCUCAGUAUGUCAUGAGAGCUUUGAACGUUUAUGAAGUUAUUCGUCGCUUCAGCAACACUCUCCGUUUGACGCCGUUUACAUUCGAGGACUUCUGCGCCGCUUUGGACUACUCGGAACACUCGGUGCUCCUCAGUGAAUGCCACAUCAGUAUCCUGAAAGCGGUGCUUCGGGAAGCCGACUCUCUCAAUACACACUUUGGUCCUCAAGAUCUGAAAGAUUCCAUCAACAUCCAUUUUUAUCUCAUCGACCAUGUCACUUGGCCAGCUGCUCUCCAACUGUAUCUCCUCGCUGAUCCCGAGCAUCGACCAACUCUGCUUUCAUUCCUCGGCUUGCCCGCGGAUCACGAUGAUGCGAAAGCCUCAGAUUUGACAUGUUUCCAGUCCGAAUAUCCGCUGAAUGUUGGCAUCGAAUGUCGGCUCGAUAUCUUGGAGUUCCUCGUCAAUCAGUUCCUGAGUACAGCCGCCGUUCGAGACGAGACGAUCCGAGAGGGAGUACCAGACCACGACGACCACUGUCGGGUGUGCCACAAACUGGGUGAUCUCCUCUGUUGUGAACGAUGUCCCGCAGUUUUCCACUUGGGCUGUCUCGACCCGCCUCUCGAAGAGGUCCCAUCAGAGGAGUGGAUAUGUCCGGUGUGUGAAACGAAUUCCGUUCCGGGAGUCACCGACUGCAUUACUGAUAUGGAGAGAGCUGGACUAUUAGCCCGUCAUGCAAUGCUCGGAUUUGACCGCGAAGGUCGCAAAUAUUGGUUCCUGGCGCGACGCAUUGUAGGGGAGGGGACUGAGGAGAACGAAAGCGAGAACGAUGUCCGUUACUACUCAACCGUGACCCAGCUGCAUGAGCUCCUGUGUUAUUUCGACGCCGACGACUACGAAUCCGAGCUCGUGAGAGCCAUCAACGAGCAGCUGCCAGAGAUAGAACGUCAGAUGAAAAUCACGAUGGAUCUCACGAGCGCUGCCAACAAGACUUCUAGGAAGAGUUGGUUAGAGGAGAAUCAAGCAGACGUGGAAACAAGGAUCAAAGUCCAUAACGAGAGCCUCGUAAGUUUUUCUCUCGCUCGUUCGAUCAAGGAAGAACCGGUUGAAAUGCAGACCCGUAGCAAGACAGCCGCUCAAAGUCAAGCACCCUUCAAAUUGGGUUCGGAAGGCAGCUUCAAAAGCUACUCCAAAGUCUACACGAAUCACACUCUCGCUUUGAAUAAGCAUCAGCAUGCGGAGGAGAGAGACAAGAAACGCCAUUUAUCGCACAAAUUCUCAUUGACGCCGGCGUCUGAGUUCAAAUGGGUUUUCGGUCCAAGUGAGUGUCAAACCAGCUCCGUGACGGAUCUGACAUCCGUCCUCGGCACGAUACGGAAUACGAUCAUUCACUUGGAAUCUCAGCUGGGGAGCUGUUUGUUCCAUCCUCAAUGGGCUUCGAGUUUCCGCGCAGAAUGGCUGCAAGCGGUAAACAAAAGCGCGAGGACUCGGGACUACGUCAAAGCACUCCAGCUGCUCGAGAGCGUGAUCAAACCUUGCGCGCUAGUCUCGUCUUGGACAGAGUGCCUGGGGCAUACCUUCCUCCGACGGACUACGCUAGUCGAGCGCGAGGAGAAGAAGAGGCAGGACAGGAAGGAACGCCGAGGAAUCGCCGGAUUCAUGGCUCUCUAUUCGGGAAUCACAGAGGAUGGCGAAGAUGUGAGCGAUCGGUCAUUGUGGUGUAAAUACACCCUGGGUCUGAAACACCAGGUUUGGAAGCAGAAAGGCGAGGAGUUCCGGAUUACGGGUACAGGUGGCUGGUACUGGAAUUCCCGUACAAGGGUAGUCCGUCUCUCGCCGAUGGGGAAACAAGGCCUCCGUGCAGGCCCGGCCAAAGUAAGCAUCUACAUUCCGAGCACGGACUCCUACCGUACCGUGGACGCGGCGAAGCUGGAAAACGCGUCUGUGACUAAAUCAUCGGGCGAGAUCGCGGAACUGACUGGACCGAGCUUGAUCAGAGCGAUCUGCGAUCAGCACACGCCAAAAAUUGAGGAAGUCAUCGAUGUUGGGGAAGCUCUCCUCGACCCGAAAAGGAAAUUCUACCCAAGGCUCACGGCGGGGAAAGCGAGUCUAGACUCCUUGCUGGAGAAAAGAGUGAAUUUCGGAAAAGACGUCAAGAAGGAGACCGGAAAAUGCGGCUCCGAGAAAAUGCUGCCCCCCGGUUUGACGUGUUACAGCUGCACGGAAGCCACCCGUAAACAAUGUUAUUCGCCGUUGUGCCGAGCCCACGUCAAGCUGGAGCUCGAGAGCAGCAAACGAGGUGAUACCAGACAGAAAUUCGAUCUCGGACUGCGUCAAGGACUUCAGAAGAGGACCGUACGGAAGAAGACCCUGCCUCCAAUCCAAACAUUCACAACGAACCUCGGGAAACGACGAUCGGUGCUGGUACUCGAUAAGGUGGACUACAGAAGAUUAUCGCGGAAAGGCGGCCUAGGCGAAGUUCAAGGCUUCAAUUAUCAAUCUAAGCCCAACAGUGAGGUGUGGAACUACGGGUCGUCUCCAAGACCGGUCCUCCGCACCACGUGGCGGUGGCGGAACACGCAGAGUCUCCACAACAGCUGCAGCUGGAUAGCUCUCCAAUUGAGGAUCCUGUGGCAUUGUCUGAAGUGGGACGAUAUCGCCAUGAAACCUCCGCCCGGCGGAUCCAACACGGUGACAACCGACUCUCAGGUCGAGACGAGUGAACUUGUGAAGCGUCGCGAUCUCCCUCCCUAUUUCCUACGAUCCGAGUACCUCGUGAGGAAGAUCACGGUCCCGAUCGACCUGCCGACAAAGCCGCGGGAGAAAACGACUCCACAGCGGAGUGGUCUCCGGGAGAGACGACGUCCGGAAUCGCCCCAGAACAAAGGACCGCAAAUAAGCGAGCUCUGGACACCUGAGGAACAUCUGGAAAUCUGGGAGCUGAAGAUUUUCCAGGAAAAAUUGGAAAAGCAGAUCAAGGACCGACAGCAGGAGAAAUUUCGACAUCCGCACCGGCUGACUUCCGAUGACCUACGACAAGCAACCACGGUCGUCUCGAGCGGAGUCACAACCCCGAUCAACUCGAGCAGCAUCAUCGGGGUGAAAGUUGUUGGACCAGGAAAAAGUCCGGCGGAGAUACGAGCAACCAUGGAAGCCAACCUUCGCGCUCAACGCCUCGCACAUCAGAACAAUAAGAAAAUACUGUCAGUCACCUCGGCUACCACGAAUACCACCGGAACCGUUGUCGUUAGCGGUGGCGGCAUCUUCAGCGGACAAGGCGGGACCGUCAUGCAGACAACAAUCGGGGGUCUCGGUGUGCGAAGAAUCGUCGCGCAGGCCGGGCAGGGACAAACAGCUCAAGUGCAAACUCUUAGGAAUGCUGGUCCGAGACAGAUCAUUAUACGCCCUGCCGCUGCUAAUGCGACAGUCAUCGCAUCUGGUUCAGGCACUCGAAUGGUAUCUCCUACGAUCGGAGCCGUCAUUAGGCAAGGAGGAGUUCGUCCUCAGGUCCAGAUCGUUCAAGGCCCGAACGGCCAACUCACAGUUAGAGGACUCCAGCCGGGUCAGCAACUACUCAAGUUGCCUGACGGACGACUCCAACUUGUCAACAUCAACCAGCAAAAACCGAUGACCCUGCAAGCCGCAGGACAGCCCGUCCAGAAGAUCAUGAUCCAGGCCGCACCAACCGGUCAGCCAGGAGCGACCGGUCAGAGGUUCAUUCAGAUACGUCCGGCCUUGCCCGUCGGAACACCGCAGUUGCAGCCUACCGCCGUUCGUGCUGUGAAGAUCAUUCAGGCUGCCCAGCCCGGGGCCUCUCCUGUCCUCAUGGGUGUUUCACAGGCCGGCUCAAUAAUCCAAACCGGAUCUGGUCAAACCGUCCAAGUGGUACAAGCGAGUUCCGGUCAGGCAAUGGUGCUCAAUGCCGGUACCGUACUAACGACCAGCGCAGGACAAGGAUCCGGUGCCACCACGAUCGUCCAUCCGGGCGGAGGUCAGCUCCCGCAAAAGGUUGUCCUGAGUUCCUUGGGUCAGACUCCGCAGCUCAUAGUGACCAACGCUCCAUCAUCGAGUGUUCAACCGAUUAAAACCGAAAUCAAGAAGGAAGUCGCUCCGAAUUCUUCGGCGCCGACCCCGAUGACGCCGAAGAUAAUUGUGGCUUCUCAGCCGUUGGGUCCAAAGCUGGUGACGAACACUGUCGCACCGGUGCAAGUUGUUCGAGCUUCUCCGGUGGCGGCGAUCAAAAGCGGCGCCAACGCUCAGACCAUCGGGGCAGCUGGUGCCACCGCUCCGGGCGGCAGCACCACCUUUGUUCUGGCUCCUGCCGUUACUCAACAAAUCGCGAAGCAGAGUGGUGCUCAAGCCACUCGACCUCCAACGCCAAUUCAAAAUCGAUCGAAAGUCCCGUCACCUAUAAUGCCUUUAUUAAAGAAACAAACGUCAGUGCUAUCCCAAGUGGUGCUCCCAACCCCCGUAAAACCUGAGCCCCCCACUGAAGAAACGGCGGAUGCCAAGGCCUGUGAUCAAGUCAAAGUCUCGGUAGAAGCGGCUGCACCCACAGUCUCUCCGGCGACUGUGCAAGCCCCGAUCACAAACAGAUCGAAGCAAACAAGUGAACAGGUUGGAGCGGCUAUCGUCGUCCCCCAAUCGGAGAAGGAAGAGAAACGAGUACCUCCAACGCCUAUCCCGAAGCCGAAAUCGCGAGAUCCCGAGAGUCAGCGGAGAUUCCAACGGAGCAAAGCUCUGGUUAACCGCCAUGCUGACAUUCUUCGGAAAAGCAUCAUGCGCAAAAGAGCCCUCAUGGAGAAGAAGCUUGCCCUACAAAUUGAAAAUGAGGUUCACAUGGAGAAACAGAGAUUGGGUCUGCUGAAAACAGUUCAGCCACAGAAGCAGCAGCCGACGAAGUUUGCCACCAAUUCCCCAUCCCCGGCAACGAGCAAUGGCACGCAGCUCAAAAGCUCUUCACCCGCGGCCAAGAAGGUCCAACCGAAUGCCUCCGUGAAACCAACGCAGCUCAAAUCCCCUGGACAACCUGCGAGCAAGAAACGCGCGGCACCUGCUUCCAGCACCACCACUGCGGGUUUGCCUAGUGCACCCUGUCCGUCGUCGUCUCCGAACAAGAAGAAGGCCCGAGUUGGAGCCACCCCCAGCACAGAAGACUCGACGGUGUAUUGCAUUUGCAAGCGGCGCUACGAUCCCUCAAAAUUCAUGAUUGGCUGCGAUUUGUGCGAGAAUUGGUUCCAUAUUGCAUGUAUUGGCGUUACAGAAGCGGAAGCUCAGAAGAUGGAUGGCUGGGUUUGUCUGGACUGCAAGCAGAAGAAAUCCGAAGCCGCGGUUGAAUUGUUUUGCAUAUGUCGGACUCCAUAUGACGAGUCGCAAUUCUACAUCUACUGCGAUAGUUGUCAAGGCUGGUUCCACGGUCGAUGCGUCGGGGUGCUCCAAUCGGAGGCCAGCAGCAUCGAUGUUUAUAUUUGUCCAGACUGUAGGGUGAAAACAGGAGAGGAUGAAGAAAGCCUCCAAUUAAUGAGCAAGCCGUUGACCAAAGUCGAUUUGGAUAAUCUCAAGAAGCUUCUGCUCGCCGUUCGGAACCAUAAACAGGCUUGGCCCUUCAAAGAACCAGUGAACCGAAGACAAGCUCCCGAUUAUUAUAAGGUUAUCAAGCACCCGAUGGAUCUCCGCACCAUUGAGCAAAAUUUGACUGCAUCAAAAUACACGACGCUGCAGCAGUUUGUGAUUGACAUGACUCUCGUUUUCGAUAACUGUCGGUACUACAAUUCGAAGGAGAGUACCUUCUAUUCGUGUGCUGAUCUCCUCGAGGCGUUCUUUGUACAGAGAAUGAAGCUUUACAAGGAGGCUCUACAGAGAAGGAUGUAG